AUGGCCGCACAUGGGAUCCGAUCGCUUCCCAUAUAUCUAAGAGAUAUCAUUAACGGAAGGAUAGCAUUGAAACGCAUCGAAAAAGUGCUUCUCAGCGCCGAUAGGAAAGACUAUAUUAGACUCACUGCCAGCCCUUUCACUGCCAUUCAACUCAAGCGCGCGACACUGGCCUGGGAUACAGCACCUGAUAUAAAAUCUCCUGAAUCUGAUCCAAAAUCGGUUAACAAUACUUCUGUUCAGCCCUCGACUACCAGUCCAUUGACGCACUGUUUAAUUAACGUCAGUAUAGAUAUUCCAAAGGGAACUCAUGUCGGGAUUAUAGGGAGUGUGGGCUCCGGGAAGACAGCGCUUCUACACUCACUAUUAGGUCAGACGCGACUCAUAUCGGGAAGGGUAGGCCUCAGGGGUUCGGUUGCCUACGUAUCUCAAGACCCAUGGAUUUUAAACGCCAGCGUCAGACACAACAUAACUUUCGGUAAUGAGUUUGACUCCAAACACUAUUACGAUAGCGUCCGGUGCUGUGCACUCAGUGCAGACAUCUCGGCACUGGUAGCCGACGAUCAGACAGAAAUAGGGGAAAGGGGUGUCACUCUAUCAGGUGGUCAGCGCCAGAGGAUUAGCUUAGCCCGUGCUUACUAUGCGAACAAAGACAUCUACUUAUUGGACGAUCCCUUGUCGGCCGUCGAUCGCACUGUCGGUCAACACAUAUUCAAUAAUUGUAUCAAAAAUGGAUUGAAAGACAAAACUGUUUUACUGGUCACCCAUCAGACCGAGUGCUUAGAAGCUAUGGAUUUUGUGAUUUUCAUACGUGAGGGACGGGUUGUAAAUACUGGCGCUCAUAACGAGCUGUACGAUAGUGAUGAUGAAUACAGACAAUUGAUAGACUCGUCAGUGAUGUUGGCCUAUAGUCGACACCAAGAAUACAGUGAUAGCAUUGGCACUAAUGUCAGACCACUUGAUGAUAGGAAUGGUAUUAACAAUUCUUCUGAUGCGCGACCACUACCUGUGCGGUCCAACUCAAGAGGUACUACUUCAGAAUCUGCCUUUACUUCCAAAUCGUUUCAUAAUUCAAUGUCCGGCCAAUUGAUAAUGGAUGAGAAGUUGGGAACCGGGAGUAUAUCACUCGACACAUACAAGUCGUACGUGAAGUCCGGCGGAGGACUCCUUAUAAUAGCAUUCCUAAUGGGAUGGUUAGCAUUGCAAGCGAUGACCACUUCAUUCGCCAACUGGUGGUUAGGCUAUUGGAUGGCACAGGGAGACGGAAAUGCCACACAUACAGGUGCUGUUAAAGGACACGAUAUUCUAGUUAAUCCAAACCUGAAGUACUACCAGACCAUUUAUGGGAUAUCAGUGGUAGUCAUACUAUGUGCUACACUAGCGCUGGGAUAUGUGUUUACAAAAGUCACUCUAAACGCUUCCAGUGGUCUUCACGACCAGGUAUUCGACAAAGUGCUGAAGAGUCCCCUGUCUUUCUUCGAUACCGUUCCCAUCGGUCGGGUGUUGAAUGUAUUCACGCGAGACAUGGAUGAGAUGGACACUCAGGUGCCACAAGCACUGGACGGCUUCCUACAGCGCUUGAUGGUUGUCCUCUGCGACCUAUUCAUCAUAAUUGUGGUCUACCCGUGGUUUUUGAUGCCCUUCUCGGCACUGGUAGCUGUCUUUUGGCUUAUUCACGGUAUGUUUAGAGGCGCUAUGCGUGACUUGAAGCGCCUGGAGUGCGGCCUAAGGUCUCCCAUCUAUAGCCACAUCACGGCUACCAUCGAAGGUCUGCCGACAAUCAAAGCAUUCAAUAAACAAAACCAAUUCGUCGACCGAUUCCGUGAACUCAUUGACAGCCAAUCGGCACCUAAUUUCUUGUACUACUGUUCCGUGCGAUGGCUGUCCACACGCAUCGACAUCAUCUGUGUGUUUGUCUCACUAUUCGCAGCCAUAUUUGCCAUCAGCGGUAAGGAUAGUGUGGGCGCGCCCUAUGCCGCACUCGCACUCGUACUAUCCAUUCAGUUAAGCGGUUUAUUGCAAUUCGUGAUCCGAUUGGGUGAGCACUCGUACUAUCCAUUCAGCGGUUUAUUGCAAUUCGUGAUCCGAUUGGGUGUCGACGCCGAGACCCGAUUCACAUCCGUAGAGCGCAUUCACAUGUAUAUCAAAGGACUGACACCUGAAGAGGACGUCAUCACCACUGAAGCCAAUAGAAAACCAAUUGAUGAUAACUGGCCGGCGAGUGGAGCCAUCAGUUUCCGAGACGUGUCGAUGCGCUACCGGCUCGGCCUUCCGCUGGCACUAAACGGCAUUACACUCGACAUCCGACCGCAGGAGAAGAUCGGACUCAUCGGCCGCACCGGCGCUGGAAAAUCGUCGAUCGCUUCGGUAUUAUUUCGUUUAGUGGGUCUGACGUCCGGCGCCGUACUCAUCGACGACGUCGACAUCGGGUCGGUGCCAUUGCGUGAACUACGGGCCCGCAUAUCAAUCAUACCUCAGGACCCGCUACUCAUCCGAGGCUCCAUUCGCAAGAACUUGGAUCCGUUGGACGAGUUCGACAGCCCGACUAUUAUGACGGCGCUCGACAGCGUUGGGAUGCGGCACAGGAUCGACCGCCUGAGGGAUGGUAUUGAAACGACUGUCAACGAGACCUCCGGCGCCAACUUCUCGGCCGGUGAGCGACAGUUGCUGUGUAUGGCCCGCACUUUACUGAGAAGGACCCGGAUUAUGAUUCUGGACGAAUCUAUGGCAAGAAUGGACGGCGAGACCACAAAUGCCAUACAUCAGACCAUUAGGUUGGCGUUUGUAGGCUGUACUGUCAUUAAGAUAGCCCACCGGUUGGCCACUGUUCGCGACUGUCAUAGGGUUAUGGUUAUGAGUGAGGGACGGGUGGUUGAGUUCGAUAGGCCGGACGUUUUAGCCGCUAAUCCCGACUCGUUUUUCUCGAAAAUGCAUUCAAAUGUACAGCAAAUUUGA